AGAGGCUCCUCACAAAAAAGCCACGUGAAAGGCAUUCACAUAAAUAUAGUAUUUCUGAGCACUAUGAGUUUCAAGCAGCUACUCUCCAUUCUAUUGGGACAAUAUUUCCCAGGACUAUUUGGCUUCCAGGCAGAAGAUAUUCAACAAAUCUUUCCUUUCAAAAAAAAGGUGCUCAAUAGAAUUCUUCUGGAGAGUGGCUAUCUCCACCUUCACACUACAAAGCCAGACACUGUGGGCUGUGGCUUGAAUGACUCGCCUGUGGGAUUGGCUGCAUACAUCUUGGAGAAAUUUUCUACAUGGACUGAUCGCAGUUUUAAAAAGCUAGAAGAUGGAGGACUAGAAAAGAAGUUCACUCUGGAUGACCUUCUCACGAAUAUAAUGAUCUAUUGGACUUCAGGUUGUGUGGUUUCUUCAAUGCGCUUCUACAAAGAACUUUUGGGGAAGGGUAUUGGCAUUGAAAAACAUGAGACGUUCCCUGUGAAAGUUCCCACAGGAAUCGCCGCAUUUCCCAAUGAAGUCUUUUACAUUCCUCGGUCAUGGGCUCGAAAGAAGUAUGCUAACAUCGUUUCAUUCAACUUCAUGCCUCGAGGAGGUCAUUUUGCAGCUUUUGAGGAACCAGAGCUCCUUGCAGCAGACAUCCUACAGUUUGUAGAUAAAGUAGAAAAAGCCACUUUUGACCAAUGAAGAAGAAAGUUUCUGAUCGGGUGAUGGGAAUAGUUUUACCUUCAGCACAGGACUAUUGAAAUUAAAUAUGGGAAAAAGUGAUUUGGGUUAAAAUAUUAACAAUUGUUCUUAGGUACUUUGUACUUCUGCUUUUUCUUAUGUUAAUUGAUUAAAAUCAGAUACUCCAUUCAAGCUGAA